AUGCCUCCAACGAGGGGAGCGACGUCCAAGGACGCCGACAUCGCCGGCACCAACCGAAGUGGAUGCAGUGCUUUCGCGCGGAGUUCACCCAAAACCAAGUCGUUGAAGCCUAUCCACGAAGGCGAAGAAGACACGCCCGCGUCGCAGCACACCAACGCCACCGCACGAAGCCAACCUUCAGGACGCGCCUCACGGCCGCCCACGCAGUCGUGCCCUACCGCCCGCACGGCCAGGGCAGAGCAGCCAAAACGGGAGCCGCCGCUCCGGCCUUCACGCGCAGCAGCAGAGCCAACACCUCACGUCAACUCGCUGCUCGCCGCGGGGCGCCGGACAGCGCCCCGACCACCAGAAGAGCGGCGCCGCCGCGCCGCGUCCAUGCGCCAUGGCACACCUCUACCAUGGGCUGCAGGCUAUGGCAGCCUGCCACACACAGUGGCCCACCACAGAAGCCGGGUCGCGGACGAAACUGGGGGCGGCCACCACACGACCACCAUGCCGAGGCACCCCCGAGAUCCCUCAACCUCCAUGCAACCGAUGCAUCGAGGCACCACCCCGCCGCCGACCAUCCAAACGCCAUCGCUUCCCGGGACGGCCGUCCCGGCCUCCCCUCCGCCGCCUUGCGAGCAUCAUCCCGGGGCCGCUGCCCCGGCGUCCUCAAUGUAG